AUGGGCCAAAGUUGGGCUCCUCUGGGACUGCCCAGCCUCCUCCUCCUGCUGCUCUGCUGCGGGCACCCCCUGCUGGUCCUGGGCCAGCUGACAACCAGCCAGAUAACAGCCAGCCAGGCCACAGCCAGCCAGGCCACAACCAGCCAGGCCACAGCCAGCCAGGCCACAGCCAGCCAGGCCAUAGCCAGCCAGGCCAUAGCCAGCCAGGCCACAGCCAGCCAGGCCAUAGCCAGUCAGGCCACAACCAGCCCAACUACCCAGAGCCCAAAUCUGGUGACAGAUGAGGCUGAGGCCCAGAAGUUUGUGGAGGAAUAUGACAAGACAGCCCAGGUUGUGUGGAAUGAAUAUGCUGAAGCCAACUGGAACUACAACACCAACAUCACCAAAGAGGCCAGCAAGAUUCUGCUUCAAAAGAACAUGCAGUUGGCAAACCACACCCUGAAGUAUGGCACCCGGGCCAAGCAGUUUGAUGUGACCAAUUUCCAGAACGACACCACCAAGCGGAUCAUCAAGAAGGUUCAGGACUUGGAGCGGGCGGCACUGCCUGUCAAGGAGCUGGAGCAGUACAACCAGAUCCUGCUGGACAUGGAGACCACCUACAGCGUGGCCUCCGUGUGCCAGCUCAAUGGCACUUGUCUGCAGCUAGAGCCUGAUCUGACGAAGCUGAUGGCCACAUCCCGGAACUACGAAGAGCUGUUAUGGGCAUGGGAGGGCUGGCGAGACAAAGUGGGCAGAGCCAUCCUCCCUUUUUUCCCCAAAUACGUUGAACUCAGCAACAAGGCCGCGCAGCUCAACGGCUACAAAGACACAGGGGACUCGUGGAGAGCUAUGUACGAGACACCAACUCUGGAGCAUGACUUGGAGCAGCUCUUCCAGCAGCUUCAGCCGCUCUACCUGAACCUGCACGCCUACGUGCGCCGUGCCCUGCACCGCCACUACGGGCCCGAGCGCAUCAACCUGGAGGGCCCUAUUCCUGCACAUCUGCUGGGGAACAUGUGGGCCCAGACCUGGUCCAACAUCUAUGAUUUGGUGGUGCCCUUCCCUUCAGCCCCCAAGAUGGAUGCCACUGAAGCCAUGAUAAAGCAGGGCUGGACACCCAAAAGGAUGUUUGAAGAAGCUGACAAUUUCUUCACCUCCCUGGGGCUGCUGGCCGUGCCCCCAGAGUUCUGGAAAAAGUCAAUGUUAGAGAAGCCAACGGAUGGACGGGAGGUGGUGUGCCAUGCUUCUGCCUGGGACUUCUACAACAGCAAGGACUUCAGGAUCAAGCAGUGCACCACUGUGAACAUGGAGGACCUGGUGGUGACCCAUCACGAAAUGGGCCAUGUACAGUAUUUCAUGCAGUACAAGGACUUACCUGUGGCCUUACGGGAGGGUGCCAACCCUGGCUUUCACGAGGCCAUUGGGGAUGUGCUGGCCCUCUCGGUGUCUACCCCUCAGCACCUACACAGCAUCAACCUGCUGAGUAGUGAGGGUGGUGGCUACGAGCACGACAUCAACUUUCUAAUGAAGAUGGCUCUGGACAAGGUCACCUUUAUCCCCUUCAGUUACCUUGUCGACGAGUGGCGCUGGAGGGUAUUUGACGGAAGCAUAAGCAAUGAGAACUACAACCAGGAGUGGUGGAGCCUCAGGCUGAAGUACCAAGGCCUCUGUCCCCCAGUGCCCAGGUCUCAAGGUGACUUUGACCCAGGGGCCAAGUUCCACAUUCCUUCAAGUGUGCCUUACAUCAGGUACUUCGUCAGCUUCGUGAUCCAGUUCCAGUUCCACGAAGCACUCUGCCAAGCAGCUGGGCACCAGGGCCCCCUGCACAAAUGUGACAUCUACCAGUCCAAGGAGGCGGGGAAACGCCUGGCGGACGCCAUGAAGCUGGGCUUUAGUAAGCCAUGGCCAGAAGCCAUGAGGCUGAUCACAGGGCAGCCCAACAUGUCCGCCUCAGCAAUGAUGAACUACUUCAAGCCGCUGCUGGAUUGGCUCCUCACUGAGAAUGGACGGCACGGGGAGAAGCUGGGCUGGCCCCAGUACAACUGGACGCCAAACUCUGCUCGCUCAGCAGCCCCCUCCGCGGGCAGCAGCCACGUCAACUUCCUGGGCAUGGAGCUGGAGCCGUACCAGGCCCGUGUGGGCCAGUGGGUUCUGCUCUUCCUGGGCGUCGCCCUGCUGGUUGCCUCCUUGGGCCUGACCCAGCGGCUCUUCAGCAUCCGCCACCAAAGCCUCCACCGGCCACACCGAGGGCCCCAAUUCGGCUCCGAGGUGGAGCUGAGACACUCCUGAGAGGAUGACGGGGC